AUGUCUGCCGCUGUCACCCAACCACCAAGCGUCCCCCCUCGUCCUUCCAGGAGUCAGGACCGAGACCAGAUGCCAAAGAUUCCGCCCCGCCCCGUCAACCGGCGCCUUGAGCAGUCGAGCUCGCCAAGCCGGGGUCGGUUUGCGCCUUCGCCGCUCAACGAGAACCCCCUGAACUCGGCCAAGAGCCCGCCCCAGAUCUUUGGCUUCAAUGGCUCAGAACCCAUUGACCGCUCGUCCAGCGUGGACCUACCCUCGCUCGGCGAGGAGGGCAGGGAGUAUGCCGCCUUUGCCAGCGACAACAACUUCGCCGACGGGGAGAGUUCCUCGCCUGAGCAGACUGCCAAUAUCAACCAGAACCUGAAGCUUCACGCGCCGAAGCCGUCUCUCCCGGCCCUGAGCGCCAAGCAGCGCGUUGCCGCCGUUACCCGCACCGACUCGGACAAGGCGGCGAGCUUUGGCAUUGGCAAGCCCAGCAGCGAGGACCCUGUGCCCUCCAACCGGAGUCUCAAGAAGAAGGCCAGUACUACCAGCCAGCUGUCGGCCAACACCGAGAGCCACAUGGACGAUGAGCAUGGCAUCCCAGAAAUCGGCAAGCAGGUGCCCAUGUACCCGCACGCCGGUGACGUGCAGGCCCCGUCCCCGGCUCCUGGCUCCGAGGGAUUGAAGCCCAAGCACCACAACCGCAAGACUAGCGCUCGCGGUUUCACCUCGGAGCUGCCCCCUGGCAGCUACGGCCUGCAUGGCCACGGUGUCAAAUCCCAGGACAAGCUCGAAAAGGCUUAUUAUGAGAAGCAUCCCGAGCUUGUCCAUAAGGAGAGCAACAAGCACCACCAUGACCGCCCCAAUGACUUCUCGAUGAGCCGCGAGGAGCUCAACAAAAUCGUGCGCGCCACUGCCGAGCGCGGAACUAGCAAUGGCUUCGGAACCCCAACCGAGCAGUGUGGGUGGGAGGCGAUCGAGGAGACUGCCUCGCGCAUCACCUCCCCCAGGCCGGCAUCAACUGCCCCCAACUCCCCUGAGCUGAAGAGGCGUAGUUUUAUAGACGGAGCAGUGCCGGAAUCGGGCUUGACCGACGACCAGGUCAUUCACGUCGGCGAUCCUAAGAGGAGGUCCGUCAUGUUUGAUGACAAGUCGCCAGAGCCCCUCGAAGGCGAGGAUGGUUACACAGCCCCUAUCUUGGCCGGGGACGAGGUUGCCAACAACGCCUCCGACCUCCAGCCCGCCGUCAGCCCUCCGGCAGAACGGUCCGGCAGUGCCUUCGAGAUAGAGCCCUCAAGCCGUCCCAGCAGCCGUCCCGCCAGCAUCUACAGGGAUUCGUCCAUAGAUGUCCGCUCCACGCCCCUGGAGGACGUCCAGGAGUACGAGCCUCUCUUCCCCGAGGACGAAAAGACGCCCGCCAAGGAGCCCCAACCGGACAAGAAGAAGGAGGCUAAGAAGCAACGAUUCCCAAGUCGCGACAUCUGGGAGGAUGCCCCUGACAGUGUGCAUGAGGGCGCCGAGGUCUCGACGCCGGACAUUUCACAGGAAAACGAUGGCCAGUCUCAUAUUGCCAAGGAGGUCGCCAACGAGAAGCGCCCGUCGGUCAAACGAUUCCCCAGCCGUGAUGUGUGGGAAGACACGCCCGAUAGCCUUCAGCUCGAAACAGUCGUCUCGCAAGAACAAGACGAGGCAGAGGACGCCUCGCCAGUGGAGGUCAUGGUUCCCGAGCUCCCGCAGGGGUCUGUAAGCAAGUCAGCCGAGCCUUCGUCUGCCGCAAUCGAAAAGCCUGUGGUGCCCGAAAGGCCCAAGUCGAAGCAGCCUCCCAGCGAUGACGCUGCGGCAGCAAAGCCGACUGUUCCGGAGCGGCCCAGGCCACAGGUCCCUGCUAGGCCCACGAAGCAAGGGUCUGGUUCUAGCAAAGACGGCGAGGCGGCAGCUUCACCAGACACCCAGUCAAAGCCCGUCAUCCCCUCCCGCCCUGGAGGCUCCAAGAUCGCCGCCCUGCAAGCUGGCUUCAUGGCAGACCUGAACAAGCGCCUGCAACUCGGACCGCAUAUCCCCAAGGUCGAGGAGCCUGCAGCCCAGGAUGAACCGGCUGUUGAGCAGGAGAAGGCGCCGCUUGUGGAUGCCCGCAAGGGUCGCGCUAGGGGCCCUCAGAGGCGAGCGCCUGCCAAGAGCGCGGCUCCUGCUGCCGCCGCUGCUGCCGCCGCUCCAUCAGAAAAGCCUGUGCUGAGCCUCUCGUUCAGCUCGCCGUUGACACUUUUCUCUAUCGACCCGGACCAGGAUCAUGUGAGCGUCGGAGGCAUCGAGAAGUCCCCAGCGACAGAAAAGCCUCCCGUGGCCAGCGAGGCCGUCGAGGGCGACAAGGCUAGCGCUGAGCCGGCCGCGCCUCCCGCCAAGGAGGCGGAAAGGACUGAAACGGCAGAGAGCACCGAAGAGGCCAAGCCAGAGACUCUCGCCACCAACAUGGCGGGCGAGUCCGUCGUUGCGGUCGACGUAGAAGAGAAAAAGGCAGUCGAACCAGCCGCCGCCGAAUAA